AUGGAUCUUCCUUCCUUCAUCAUUGUGGCUAUUCUUUCAAGGCUUCCAAUCAGGACCCUCCUACAGUGCAGGUGUGUUUUCAAUAAUGUUCGGCUGGCAAGAUCGGCCUUCAUCAAUAUUGUGUUUCGUGUGCAUAAUGGUUUCUACUUGCUUGAACUUGGACAUGACCAUGACUAUAACUACACUCACCAGCCUCACGGACCAAUGUGGUUCAAAAACCCACUCAAACUUGGACAUGACAGUAAGUACGCUCAUCAACCAAUGUGGCUCCCACAUGCCAAUGCGAUUGAACCUCACAGACCAAUGUGUUUUAGAAUGACAUUUUACAUCCCUCACAGAGAGCUAGAAUUAGUGGGUUCUUGUAAUGGUUUGCUCUGUUUCUCUGAUUACUACCAAACUAUUGACCAUGUUUACAUAGUCAACCCAAUUUUUGGAGAAUAUGUUGCCCUUCCAAAACCUGAGUAUAAAGUUAUUCGUGUGGCUUAUGGGUUUGGAUUUGGAUGCAGUUCGGGUACAGGCCAGUAUAAGGUCCUAAUGAUAAUAAGUAAAACGGUUGAGGUUUGUACUCUUACAUCUGGUACAUGGAGAAAACUGGGAGAUGCUCCAUUCCAACUUUUGGUAAAUCAGUGUGGGGUUUCUCUGAAUGGGGCUGUUCAUUGGAUUGUCCUUUGUUCAGAAUGUAUAUAUUCUUUUGAUAUCGAGGAUGAACAAUUUCACCCAAUUCCACUGCCUCCAAAUUUUGAAAAUGGAAAAUGUUAUGUCAGAUUGGGAGUGUUAGGGAACUGUCUCUGUGUAUAUGACAAUUCCUGGCAUCAUCUUGAUAUAUGGUCAUUGAAAGAUUAUGGAGUUGCUACGUCUUGA